GAGAGGAAUAUAAGCUUUUUAUUGAUAAUGUUGAAGAACUCCUACCGGUUGUCUACACUCCGACUGUUGGUGUUGCUUGCCAGAAAUAUGGAAGCAUUUUUAGGCGCCCUCAGCCCUUCCCCAAGUUAAUAGAGAGACCACCUGACAUUUGCAUGGGGGAAGAUUCUCGAGGCGAACAUGCCUACAUUUUCCCCGGGUUUGGCUUUGGCUUGGUCAUUUCUGGUGCGAUUGGUGUCCAUGAUGAAAUUCUUCUUGCAGCGACGGAAGCUUUGGCUGGUCAAGUAACGGAGGAGCAUUUAGCUAGGGGGAUGAUUUACCCUUCAUUCACUAAUAUCAGAAAGAUAUCUGCUCACAUUGCUGCUAAGGUAGCUGCUAAAGCAUAUGAACUUGGUGUGGCGACACGUCUCCCUCGACCUGAGAAUCUCGUGAAGUAUGCUGAACGCUGUAUAUACACUCCUACUUACUGGACAUACGGUUGA